AUGGAACAAAUUUUUGAUAACAGGAAAUUGAAUGUUAGUGUAAGAACAGUGAGGUGGGGUGAGGGUAUACUGUUCUACGGUAAGGAUGUAGCAGAGUCAUUAGGAUAUGCUGAUCCAAAGAAAGCGGUUAGAAAACACGUUUGGUUAAAAAAUAAGACAACCAUAGGUGAGUCAACAAAGAGGGACAAUUUGUCCCUCUUAUUAAAGGGUCAUCCAGGCAAGGGGGACGAUUUGUCCCUCUUAUUAAAGGGUCAUCCAAGCACAGUUCUUAUUAUGGAACAAGGUCUUUACCAGUUAUUAUUUAAGUCAAAGCUUCCAAUAGCAGAGGCAUUCCAGGAUUGGGUAAUUAAUGAGGUGCUUCCAUCUAUCCGUAAAACAGGUCAAUACAAAGUACCUGAAAACAAUCAAAUUUGUGGAAACCAAAUGAUGCUGAAAAACGAGACGGACCUACACUACGCAGUUGUAAAGUACAUACGUAAGUACCACCCGGAAGCGCAAAUAAUACCUGGACUAGGAGAGUACCAAAAAACUAGUGGACUAAGAUGUGACGCCUGGAAGAAAGGAUACAAGGGUGGUCAACCUGAUAUAGUACUAAUGAAUGCAUGUAAUGGAUUUCACGGGUACGUGCUAGAGCUUAAGACUCCUAAGAGUAACGGAGUACUACGUGAAAAUCAGAGGUUACUGCUAAAGUCAUUAAACGAUGGUGGAUAUCAAACACUAAUAUCUGAUGAUUACACUGAGAUUAUACUUGACUUAGCGGAAUACUUUAGAGAAAACUAG